GAAGAUGUCAGACGUGGAUUAUUAAUAAGUCACGGAUAGUGAAGAAAUGAGUAAAAAACCGGAGAGUUGGAAGUCAAUGCUACUGCUCGUCCCUCCAGAACAUAACACCAACAUCACGUUUACUUAUGUUUAUGCAUGACAUUUGUAAUUGAGUUGAUUGGAUGCAUUAUGCAAUGGGAAAAUAAAUAGUAAUUUCAAUCAUAACAGGGGGCAGAGAGGCAAGACAGAGCAAUGCAGAAUCUGAAUGCAUGGAAGCCCCUGUUCCUGUGCAAGGGGAGGGGUAGUGUGGUUGAGCCUAGCCGGAGGCCUAAAUUGCAGAGGGAUGGUGAAUACCCAUCUGCAUUGGUGGAAGAAAAUGGAUCUGGGAUUAAAUCUUCUCAGAUCCUGCAGGGGACUAAUGGUGAUGAUGAAACAGUGGCUUCUGCAUCAUCUCUUUCUACCACAUCUUCUUCCCAUCUUGAUGCGCAGAUAGAGUUCUUAAAAGCCACUGCACAAGCUGCAGCAGAUGUUGUAUUCAAUACCCACCAUGAUAUUCCUGAUUUGGAUGAAUCAUAUGCAAAGUUCAAGACACUGUAUCCCAAGUUUUUGGGUACAGAAAAAGUCGAGGAGCUGCGGCUUGAUGAGUAUUAUCAUCUAGGGCAACACCAGAGCAGGAAGGUAUGCUUGGAUUACUGUGGAUUUGGGCUGUUGUCUCACUCUCAGGCAGAGUAUUUUUCUUUUGGGUUGUCUCAUAUCUCCGUGAGCUUGACAUCUCAUGCAUUGAAUGGUACGUCAAGCAGCUUGGAGAAGGAUUUGAGGUAUAGAAUCAUGGAGUUUCUUAAUAUUCCUGCGAGCGAGUAUAGUAUGGUUUUUACCGUGAACAGGGGCUGUGCAUUCAAGAUUCUUGCAGAGUCAUAUCCUUUUCAUCAGAACCGGAGGUUGCUAACUAUGUAUGAUUAUGACAGCCAGUCUGUGAAUUGGAUGGCGGAGAUUGCAAGAAACAAGGGGGCAAAGGUUCGUAGCGCUUGUUUCAGAUGGCCAACUUUGAGGCCUUGCUCUGGAGAGCUUAAGAAAGAACUUAAACACAAGAAGGGUAGAAGGAAGGAUUCUGCAGUGGGUAUGUUUGUGUUUCCAUUCCAAUCAAGAGUAACAGGGGCCAAGUAUUCCUCUCAGUGGAUGGCCUUGGCACAGCAGAAUGGAUGGCAUGUAUUAUUGGAUGCAGGUGCCUUGGGUCCCAAGGACAUGGAUUCUCUUGGACUUUCUCUCUUCAGACCGGAUUUUAUAAUCACAUCUUUUUAUAAGGUGUUUGGCGAAGACCCAACUGGAUUUGGCUGCCUUUUCAUUAAGAAUUCUGUGAUUGAAUGCCUUGAGAGUCAAGAUGGAGUUUCGGUAGCCGGAUUGGUAAGCAUUGUCCCAUCUUAUAGCCCUGAUUACCUCAACGAGCCUGCAGAUGAACAGAGCAGCAAGAAGAGUGAUGCAGGAGAGGAUGAAAUUGAAACUGGUUUUCAACCGCACCCGGGAUUGGAGCUGCCAGCCUUCUCUGGGCUAUUCACCUCAUCACAAGUAAGAGAUGUUUGUGCAAGUGAAGUAGAUAGUUCUUUUAGGGAUGGAGCUAGUGAGGAUAUAGACAAUGCUUCUACUUUGAAAAGUCCCAAUUAUAGUGAAGAUGAGAAUGAUCAUUUGUUUUGCAUUGAUUUGGGUCAAAGUCCUCCUGUCUCUGGCCCUCUUAGAAAAGGGGAUUCGGGUAUAUUCACUCACAAAACCACCCACAGGGAUCUUCUUGCUAGAUCUCACAGAAGCCCCCUAUUUUAUGAAGGGAAUGGCGAAUCAAGUGCGAUGCCACCUGUUGCACCAUUCUCCCCAGAGGUAGAUCUGUCCAAAGAUGGUGCUGAGAGGCCAACUUCUUCUGCAGAAAUAUGCCAUCCCUUACAUGAGGCAGGGACCGAUCUUUCCUUGCCGAACCAUCACACAAAUGGAAAAUGCAAUAAGAUUGAGUUUCUUGAUCCUGGAGAUUCUCCCUCCAAUGGACAGGAGAAAGUUCAAUGCAAUGGGUUUACUUCAGGACAUGGUUUAAGUGGAGGACUCAAUUUGGUCUCUGAGGAUGAUAGGGUUUCAUCUGGACGGAUCGGUGGUUCUUGGAGAUUCUCAAAACAGAGCAAGUUAUCUUUCAUUCUAGAGAACGAAGAGGCAGAAAGAGAUGAGACUACUCCCAAGCAGGGCCAGUUUACCACUGAGAGCACAUCUGAAGAAACUACAACUUAUAAUGAGAUUGAGGAUACAGAGAACCCUGGAAAGCAGGUUAUUUCCAUUGCCAGUCCUAGCGUACAGAAUGGUUCCGCUCACAUUCAGAAUGGUUCUGCACACAUUCAGAAUGGUCAUGUCUUGAAGGUUGGAAACAGAGUGAAUGGUGUGAUGAAUGGGAGUCCGCAACCAUGCAGAACGAAGGAAAAUGCCAUAAGGCGGGAGACUGAGGGCGAGUUCAGACUUCUAGGCAGGAGAGACGCAGGUAGGUUAUUAGAUUUGGGAACAAUAGAUAGAGUUGACAGCUUGGGAAGGAGGGUAUCAUUUAGUAUGGAAGAAGAGGGCAAACAGGGUUAUUUCAUAGAGGAAAAUGGAACUGCAAAUCAUCAUGAUGAUGAGGGUUUUAGUGAUGCUGAACUAGCACAGGGGUACGAGUGGAAUAACAGGGAGUCCAAGUUUUUGUGCAAGCAUCUUGAUCAUAUAGACAGUAUGGGUCUCAACAAAAUAACUUUGAGACUUAGAUAUCUUAUUAAUUGGCUUGUCACUUCCUUGCUACAACUAAGACAUCCUGGACCAGAUGGUGGUGUUGCCCUUGUGCACAUAUAUGGACCAAAGAUCAAGUAUGAUCGAGGUGCUGCUGUGGCUUUUAAUUUGUAUGAUUGCAAAGGAGUCCUGAUUGGACCUGAAAUUGUUCAGAAGCUUGCAGACAAGAAUAAUAUAGCACUUGGUUUGGGAUUUCUCAGUCAUCUCCGGCUGAUAGAAAAUGGUGUAGAAUUACAGGAUGCCCUAGAUGCAGAUGACAUUUCCUUGUGCAAAUCUUUAGUGAAUAGCAGCAGGUGGGAAGGAAAACGAGUAUCACUACAAGUUGAAGUUGUGACUGCAUCUCUUGGUUUUUUGUCAAAUUUUGAAGAUGUUUAUAGGAUGUGGGCAUUUGUGGCCAAGUUUCUUGAUGUAGAAUUUUCUGAAGAACAUGCAUAUCAAUACCCAUCUGAACUUGCUCAGUGAAAGAUCAUAUUCACUGUAACUGCUUGUGAAGAGGUGAAUUCAACUCUAACAUAUUGUGCACGCUUGAUCAAAUGAUUUGCUUGGAUCCUGCAGCAUCUUGCUAAUAUAUAUUGUAUUGUAAAUUUUCUUAUUCACCAUCUGGAUCAGUAAUUCAGGACAAGAAGGGGAUUCUCUCUUACAACCUAUUGGUAUCGAGAUCAGUCGUCCAUAAUCAGAGUCAGUUUUUCCUGAUUCUGUCAAUAUAUGGUCUAGGCCCCUCUUUGAUGAACCAUAAGUUCCAUUUAAUUUCUUUAUAAUUGUAAUCAUGCUCCAGAUGUAGAAGCAAUAUAAACAUAGGGAAGGUUUUCCUUGUUUUCA